CCUUCAAGGGCCCUUAUAAGCGGAUCUGAUCUACUAUAACAAAGCGAUAGAGGUGAAUCAAUAAACUUCGCCAUAACAACCCUUCGUGGCUCUGAUCCUAACCCAGUAACAUCAAAACGCCAGCUCAGUUGAUACCAUAGAGAGGCAAACCUACCGACAGUGUGAACUCGGGAAAAGAGGCCAUCGGCACUACCCAUGUAGUAAGGCGAGGAAACAGGUCAUCCUAGCAAAGCAAUCGAGUUUCAGACUCUCAAAAUUUGCCAUUGUGGGAGAAUCUGCGCGGGUAUUUACAGAAACCUGGGCGAAUCACAAAGCUUGCACUUCAGGCCACCCUCCCUACUUAUUCCCACACAAACCAAGUAUCCGCAUUGAGAUCAGAAUUUGGAAAAUUUUCUAUAUACAUCUCCAAAUCCCCAGCUCAUAUUCAACCUUUUCCAUCCCGCUUCCCUUAAGAUACGCACGUAUCCGUUGGGUGGAAUCCGGUCGAAGAUGGCGGCAUUCUUUCCGACAUCUAUGAGCUUCCCGCACGUGCUUAAGCUAAGAGGCAUCGAAAACUUGAAGGAGUGGAAGACUUCAGUUCGCGCACAUCUCGAGCACUUCGGACUUGACCGGUUCAUCAACGAGAGCGUCCAAGAACCCGCCGACGAGGGAGAGAAGCGCAAGUUUGAGAAGGGCCGUGUCUACGUGCUCUACCUUUUGACUUCCUCUAUCGAGCCAACUGCGCUAAAGACCAUCGAGACCGGCUGGACGCCCAAGACCAUGGCCGACCCAAAGCUCCUCUGGGAUUUCGUCGGAGAGACGAUCUCCAGCGUAUCGACCCCCCAGAUGUACGAGGACCUCAUGAACAUGAAGCUCGAGCAAGGUGCUGGCCUGGCGCAAUUUUCCACACGCGUCUGCAAUCUCGUUCAGUGCCUUGCGGCUCGCGAGAUUCUGCUUCCACCCAAAUUUGUCAUCCUUAUCAUGAUGCGUGCGUUUAAACCGCGCUACCCCGAGUGGUGUGCCUCUCUGGAGAACAUGUUUGAUAACGGCCUUACUUGGAACUCGUUCAUGAGGGAGGUCUACACGCAGGCAGAGCGGGAAAACGAGUCCGGUUUGAUUAUCCCUUCCACGCUUAAGACCAAGUCUACACCUAUCGCCGAGAAGGGAGGAAAGGAUAAGAUGAAGGAGGAGGCAAACGAUCAGAGAGAAAUGCCAACGAUGCCCAAGCCGAGCAACAAUCGAAGCCGCCAGCCCGCCCCGGCCCGCCUCAUAUCUCCUGUACAGGAUUACCUCAUUUCCCCGAUCCUUGGCCCUACCUCUGAUAAGGAUGGAGAAGGCUAUGCUGGAAAUGUUCAAGGCCAAGAUGAUUGGGGAAUCUCGUCGCAUGGACGCACGGCCGAUGGCAACCGAGUCCAUUUCGCGUCCCCUAGUGUGGCCUCUUCUAUUUGCCUAAAAGAGGCCGGUGGACAGCGAGAGGGGGAGUCGUCGCAGGGACCUAAGAACGAGGACGGGCAAGUCCGUACCGCCUACCACUCUCGCGACAAGACUAGCGGUGAGAAAGGAAGCAUUCCCGAGACCGGCAAGAAAUACAAGGACCGUUUCAAGAUGUUCUGCAGUGUUUGCAACAAGGAACAUUCCGCUUUCUUGCCCUACUGCAAACUCUGCUCGAAGCACCACGGCGGCGGCGAGGAACGAUGCUUCACUGCUCACCCACACCUGCGAUUAGAGCUGGCAGCUAACCGCUCUAGCAAGAACUCGCGCUCGAAAGGUGCGCCGGGACUCUGAUCAGCUGGCUCCGAAUAACCCCCCCGCUCUUCGUGGUUGUGGUUGUGGAUAUAGGACGGUCGGGAGUGGAGAUACUAGGUGUGCCUCACUAGUCAGGCAGUGGAGCUAGCUUGACCCACCCUGUUAAACUAGUUGCGUUGACUUGAUGGCUUUCGGAGGAACAGCUCUUGUAGAACUGCUGCUUCUAGGUACGAUAGGGACAAUGGAGAAACUGAUUUUU